AUACCAAACUGGACCCAGUUAUUCUCCCUCUGCGUCGCGUCCACGCAUUGCACACCGCAUCAUACCUCGUUUUCUCAAUCUCCCUCUCUCCCGUCACACAUUGUGUGAAAGAUUUCUCUUCCUCUCGAUCAGAUCUGUGGUGGUUCCGGACGAGCUGUGUCCAUGGCAUCGAAGCGGAUCCUCAAGGAGCUUAAGGAUCUCCAGAAAGAUCCUCCUACCUCUUGCAGCGCGGGGCCUGUCGCUGAGGAUAUGUUCCAUUGGCAAGCAACAAUUAUGGGUCCCACUGACAGUCCUUAUGCAGGAGGAGUCUUCCUAGUUACCAUACACUUUCCUCCUGAUUAUCCUUUCAAACCUCCCAAGGUUGCAUUUAGGACCAAAGUUUUCCACCCGAAUAUCAACAGCAACGGCAGCAUUUGCCUUGAUAUCUUGAAGGAGCAGUGGAGCCCUGCCUUGACAAUAUCAAAGGUAUUGCUAUCAAUAUGCUCGCUGUUGACCGACCCAAACCCAGACGACCCACUAGUGCCAGAAAUAGCGCACAUGUACAAGACUGACAGGUCCAAGUACGAGUCCACCGCUCGCAGCUGGACUCAGAAAUACGCUAUGGGCUGAUCUCUUACAGUCCCCACCACCACAUAUGUGUGGCGCCUUCAUUCAGUCUUAUGUAUAAAAAAAUGUAAGUGUCAUAUGUGAUCUCAUCUCCCACCCUCUUUGAUCCCUCUGAAAACCCAGAAAACAAAAAAAACAUAACAUUUUUUCAGUUUCCAAAUGAGAACCUAAGAUGUUUGUAAUGUUAUUGUACGAUGAAAUGUGAAUCAUGGAUUCAGUCGCA